AGUUUCCGUGGUGACGGGUUGCCUGGCGGUCGCCUGGUAACCAUUCGGCGGGCUCUGGGCUGCUGCAGUGCCAGAGGCUGAGAUCGCCCCGACCAGUGGGCCGGUGCCCACGACGGGCUCUUCCGGUCUGUCUGGCUAUGGCAGCCGCCGCGGCUGUGGUCACCCCAUCGGGUUUAGAAGAUGGGAUGUCGCGGUCCCGCGGUGAUGGGACGGGGGAAAUGGUCGUGGAGCGGGGACCCGGCGCGGCCUACCACAUGUUCGUGGUGAUGGAGGACCUGGUGGAGAAGCUGAAGCUGCUCCGCUAUGAGGAGGAACUCCUCCGGAAGAGCAACCUGAAGCCCCCGUCCAGACAUUAUUUUGCACUACCUACCAACCCUGGUGAACAGUUCUACAUGUUUUGCACUUUGGCUGCAUGGCUGAUUAAUAAAGCAGGACAUCCGUUUGAUCAGCCUCAAGAAUAUGAUGACCCAAAUGCAACAAUAUCUAACAUAUUAUCUGAACUCCGAUCAUUUGGUAGAACUGCAGAUUUCCCUCCUUCAAAAUUAAAGUCAGGUUAUGGAGAGCAUGUGUGCUAUGUUCUUGACUGCCUAGCUGAAGAAACAUUAAAAUAUAUUGGUUUCACCUGGAAAAGGCCAACAUAUCCAGUAGAAGAACUAGAAGAAGAAACUGUUCCAGAAGAUGAUGUAGAAUUAACAUUAAAUAAAGAGGAAGAGACAGACAAUGAAGAAAACUUCAUUGAUCUCAACGUUUUAAAGGCUCAGACCUUUUACUUGGAUACAAACGAGUCUGCCAAGCAAGAAGAUAUUUUGGAAUCUACAACAGAUGCUAUGGAAUGGAGUCUAGAAGUGGAACGUGUACUACCACAAUUGAAAGUCACGAUUAGGACUGACAAUAAGGACUGGAGAAUCCACGUUGACCAAAUGCACCAGCACAAAAGUGGAAUUGAAUCUGCUUUGAAGGAGACCAAAGGGUUUUUGGACAAACUCCAUAAUGAAAUCAGUAGGACACUGGAAAAGAUUGGCAGCCGAGAAAAAUAUAUCAACAAUCAACUAGAGCACUUGGUUCAAGAGUAUCGUGCAGCUCAAGCUCAGCUAAGUGAGGCAAGAGAGCGAUACCAGCAGGGAAAUGGAGGAGUAACGGAAAGGACCAGAAUCUUGUCUGAGGUUACAGAAGAAUUAGAAAAGGUAAAACAAGAAAUGGAAGAAAAAGGCAGCAGUAUGACUGAUGGUGCUCCUUUGGUGAAGAUUAAACAGAGUUUAACAAAACUGAAGCAAGAAACUGUUCAGAUGGACAUUAGAAUUGGUGUCGUUGAACACACAUUACUCCAAUCAAAACUGAAGGAGAAGUCUAACAUGACUAGGGACAUGCAUGCAACAAUUAUUCCAGAAUCUGCAAUAGGUUCUUAUUAAAGCUUGAUGUUUUUAGUGUUUCUGAUGAAUUGUUUUUUAUAUCAGAUAAAUACAGUUAUAUCUCUUAAAGUA